AUGGGGCGGCGCCGGUGCGCCAUUUGGUCGAGAACAUCUGGCGAGGCUAGUGGAAGUCCAUCUAGUGAUAGUAGUACCUCAACCAACGCGGCUACUAAUGGCGAAAGAGAUACAUUUGGCUGGUUGACGUGCACGUCGGGCGGCGCUCACCCCGCGCGGCGCCUGCUGCUGACACAGAUCGCGGCGGGCGGCGCGCUGCGGGCGGCCGCCUCGCGUGUGCACGGCCUACGGGCCGCCUUCAGCCUGCCGCCGUGCGCCUGCGGCCGGGGCGACCCCGCGCCGCUCGCGCUGCGGCAGGCGGCGCGCGCGCUGCUGCAGCGGGCGCUGGACAAGUGUCGCCGGGGCGACCCCGCGCCGCUCGCGCUGCGGCAGGCGGCGCGCGCGCUGCUGCAGCGGGCGCUGGACAAGUGUCGCCGGGGCGACCCCGCGCCGCUCGCGCUGCGGCAGGCGGCGCGCGCGCUGCUGCAGCGGGCGCUGGACAAGUGUCGCCGGGGCGACCCCGCGCCGCUCGCGCUGCGGCAGGCGGCGCGCGCGCUGCUGCAGCGGGCGCUGGACAAGUGUCGCCGGGGCGACCCCGCGCCGCUCGCGCUGCGGCAGGCGGCGCGCGCGCUGCUGCAGCGGGCGCUGGACAAGUGUCGCCGGGGCGACCCCGCGCCGCUCGCGCUGCGGCAGGCGGCGCGCGCGCUGCUGCAGCGGGCGCUGGACAAGUGUCGCCGGGGCGACCCCGCGCCGCUCGCGCUGCGGCAGGCGGCGCGCGCGCUGCUGCAGCGGGCGCUGGACAAGUGUCGCCGGGGCGACCCCGCGCCGCUCGCGCUGCGGCAGGCGGCGCGCGCGCUGCUGCAGCGGGCGCUGGACAAGAAUAUCAAAAAAGAGGAUGUCAAAGAAGAGAACUCCCCGACAAACGGCUCUUCUCCGGUGAAAUCUGAAAAUGGCAAAACCAACCCGUCCACAAUAGUCAGUUGGCUUUCAGACCAACCGAUCAAAACUGAAAAUAAACGGGAGAGGUCAGACUCGAGCUCGUCAGACUCCGAGGAGGGCAAUUUCUCUACUCUCCGAGAGUUAUUGAUCCGACCGGCCCCCGAAGGUGGCGAUACUCAGCCCAAAAAGAAGCACAAGAAGAACAAAAGUGAUUUGCUGAACGAUGUCAUAUCAAGUGUGAUUGAUGAGAAAAAAGAUGAUGAGAAUGAGGUGAAACCAUUCGCGUUGUCGAACGUAAUGAAGAGAUACGAGAGGGGCCGGGGGAGGGAAGAGCUGCCGGUCAGGAUCAUGACCCUGACUGAAUCCAAACUACUGUACCCUGAUGUACCUCACUCCUGGCUGUGUGAUGGAAAGCUGUUGCACUUGACUGACCCAGUGCACCCGGGCAACUACAAGCCAUUCCAGGAUCAGUGGAAACGUGGUCAACCAGUUCUAGUCUCCGACAUGUCCAGUCUUCUCGACAAGGAUCUGUGGUCUCCGGAAAGCUUCUCCCGCGACUUCGGGGACACUCGAGUCGAUCUCGUCAACUGCGCUUCCGGUCUCGUGGUGCCCAACCAGCCGGCCAAAAAGUUCUGGGACGGCUUCGAACUGGCCGCCAAGCGGCUGAGAGACGAACGGGGCGCUCCGAUGGUGCUCAAAGUGAAAGAUUGGCCGCCCGGGGAAGACUUCGCCGAACUCCUGCCGACCAGAUUCGACGAUCUGAUGCGGGUGCUGCCUCUCGGCGAGUACACGUCGCGAAACGGCAAGUUGAACCUCGCCGCCAGACUGCCGGAGUGCUUCGUGCGGCCCGACCUGGGGCCCAAGAUGUACACGGCGUACGGCGGCGCGGGCGGCACCACCAACCUGCACCUGGACGUGAGCGACGCCGUCAACGUGCUGGUGCACGCGUCCGCGCCCCACGACGCGCCCGAGCGCGCGCGGGAGGCGGCGCGCGCGGCCGACGACGCCGGCGUCGACGUGCUGUCGCGCAAGAGGGCGCGGGCGCGGCCGCCCGCCGCGCUGUGGCACAUCUACGCCGCGCGCGACGCCGACAAGAUCCGCGACCUGCUGCUGCGGGCCGAGCUGGAGCGGGGCGCCCGGCCGCGCGCCGCGCACGACCCCGUGCACGACCAGACGUGGUACCUGGACGCGGCGCUGCGCCAGCGCCUGUACCGCGAGUACGGCGUGGAGGGCUACGCCGUGCUGCAGUGUGCGGGCGACGCCGUGUUCGUGCCCGCGGGCGCCCCGCACCAGGUGCGCAACCUGCUCGACUGCAUCAAGGUGGCCGAGGACUUCGUCUCGCCGGAGAACGUCUCGCGAUGCUUCGAACUGGCGCAGCAGUUCCGGCGGCUGUCGCGGCAGCACGCCAACAAGGAGGACAAGCUGCAGAUCAAGAAUAUCGUGUAUCACGCGGUCAAAGACUCCAUGUGCUGCCUCGAGGCCGCGCUGGCGGAGGCCGAGUGAGGCGGGGACCGGCGGAGCCGGCGACUGGCCGCCGGAGAUGAGUGACUCGCGGCCUCUGGCGCGCGGGCCUCCCACAUUUGAUCUCAACUUCGAACGUAUUUAUCGCUAAGUUCCGCAUUUAACGUAAGAAUGGGCGACGCCCCGGACCGGCGGUGUGUGAUUGGGGAGCUCGAGUGAGACAUCCCGCCGAGCGACAUGUGCAAUGUAAAUUAGUCUGAAUAUCGUGAUAUCGUCGAGGAGUGGAUGUUUUAUGUUCCUUAUAUCGAAAUACAAAAACUGUUCGGAAGCUUAAUUGUAGUUAUAGUGAUAUGUAUGUAUUGUGUAAAUUUUUAAUUCGAAUUCCAUCGAGUACAUGUUAAGAAGUCUUGUAAUAGUUAAGUUAUUUUAUUGUAUAACGUAUUCGCUCGAAGCAAUGUACAUUAAACACGCCGUGUAGAUAUAUAAGUUCUCCUAAAUUAGAUUUCUCAGUUUGUUUGGUACGACAUACAUUGUGGAAGUUUACAAAUAUGCGGCAAUUUUAUUUUGUCCUUAUUGCUGUACUAGAUGAAAGCAAUUUUCUUUUGUACUGUGUAUAUUAUGUACGGUUAUAAGUUGGAAUAAAAAAGAUGUUUAUAUUA